UAGCGUAGCUCUUCCCUGUCUGUUAGCACGUAGAAAGUUCAGCUGGACGACUGAACUCGGUCGUUGGCUUCAGAAGUUUAACAGAAUGGCUCCACUGAAGUUUUGUGCGAAUAUUUCGUGGCUGUUCACUGAGCUUCCGGACUUCAGCCAGAGAAUAUUAGCAGCAGCCGCCGCUGGAUUUCAGGCUGUGGAGGCAGCGUGGCUGUACGAUUCGGAUUUACAGGAGCUUCAGAGAGUCAGAAAGGCCACAGCGGUGGAGGUCGUCCUUAUCAACACCCCGCCAGGAGAUAUAAAGGCAGGUGAUCUCGGUCUUGGAGCAGUUCCUGGAAGAGAAGCAGAGUUCAGAGAGGGACUGGAUCUAAGUUUGAAGUAUGCCAGAGCUUUGGACUGUAAGAGGAUUCACCUGAUGGCUGGGAGAGUUCCCGUGGACUCUGACAGAGCGACGGUUGCCAAGGAAAUGGAGGCAGUCUUUGUGCAGAACCUAAAAUAUGCCGCUGAUAUCCUUUCAAAGGAAGGAAUCACUGGACUGAUUGAACCGAUCAACACCAGGAUUACAGACCCCAGGUAUUUUCUGGACUCUCCUCAUCAGGCAUCUGCAAUCCUGGAGAAGGUUGGAAAGCCAAAUAUGAAACUGCAGAUGGACAUCUUUCACUGGCAAAUAAUGGAUGGAAACCUCACACAAAACAUUCAAAAGUAUAUUCCUAUCAUUGGUCACGUCCAGAUUGCUCAGGUUCCCAGCAGAAAUGAGCCCGACAGCGCCGGAGAGCUCAGCUACAGCUACCUGUUCGACGCACUGGAAAACAUCGGCUACCAGGGUUAUAUCGGGUGUGAAUACAAGCCGCAAGGCUCCACAGACGAGGGUCUCGGCUGGAUCAAAGAAUACUGGACUCACAGAAAGUGCUGAGAGGAGGUGACGGAGCAUAAAGCUGUCAGAGCCCGACGGCACUCUACCUGCAGCACCCACCUUUUCCAUUUAACUUGGACUUUGCACAGACUCCUGUGUCCUCCUGAAUCUGUUUCCACACUUUAGAAAGAAGUGAAUACACGUUUUCCUCCUCAUCAUUGCUGGGUUUGUGCCAAUCAUGUGGAUUUGUGCUUCUUUCUUCAUCAGUGCACUCAGUUCAUUCACAGCAGUGAUUCAGGAUAGCAAUGUUGUUCUUUAAAAUCAAGUUCAAAUCAUUUUUUUCCAUAAGUUUCUUCGUAGCGUCAGGUGGAAGGAACGUAGGACGGAGCAGGCAGAGCUGCCCGAAGGCUCAAAAUUAUAAAAUACUAGAUGAUUGUGACAGGCAAGCUGUAUCGACAUCAAAGGUGUUUAAGAAAAAUGUAAAUGUAAAUGUAAAUAUAUAUAU